GAAACACAGAAAGCAGCUUGUUUUGUCGCUCCCGCUUCCCUUGGCUGCAUUUUUGUGAAUGGAGCUCAUUAUGUAUGCAUGUUUUUCGCCUUCAUCACGACUGCCUCUUGCUUUGCUCUCGCUCUCCUCAGUCCUGGCUGCGUGGAUCUCGUGCAACCACAAACAGUUAACAAAUGGAUUAUAGGAUGGAUGGAUUCUUGGACCAGCAAGUGCCUUACACUUUUGCAAAUAAAUUGCGAGGAAAUGAACCCGUAAACAGACCUUUGAUGGCUACGAAAAGGAAAUAUAUGGACACGGAAUUGCCUCCUCAGGAAUCGGAAGAUCUUUUCCAGGAUUUAAGCAAACUUCAGGAGACUUGGCUCACAGAAGCUCAGGUUCCAGACAGCGAUGAGCAAUUUGUGCCCGACUUUCAUUCAGAAAACUUAGCUUUCCACAGCCCUCCGGUGAAGAUUAAAAAAGAGCCCCAGAGCCCAGAUCCCACUCAGUCCUGCAGCCACAAGCAAACCUUCACGUAUCCCAAUGGGGAGCAGUGCCUUUAUGCCAGUGCCUAUGACCAGAAGAGACCUGUUGGACAUAAGUCCUCCAAUACAGGGACCCCAAUGUCUCCUCUCCAGCAUUACUCCCCCAAACCCAGCCUGAACGCCAGACAGGAGCAGCAGGGCUACCUGAACUCCCAGAGCCACCCCCAGCCCAUCCACAACCAUGGCUACCAGAUUGACCACAGCCCCAGGUACCCACAGCACUCAGGGGAGAUGUGCCACUCCUUCCCUUCCUCUCAGGGUGUGUCCUGCGAGCCCCCCGCAGCACUAGGGGGGUACCAGCGGCAGAUGUCCGAGCCCUGCAUGCCCUACAUGCAGCAGCACAGCUUCAAGCAGGAGUACCAUGACCCACUCUACGACCAGACCAGUCAUAUGGGAGGCAGCAACCCCCAGAGAUACACGCCUCAGCACAUGGUCAAACAGGAGCCCACUGACUACCAAUAUGAGCCAGAUGUGACCAGUUGCCCAUCAAUGUACAUGCACAAUGAGGGAUACCCCAAUCCACUACACAACACUGAAGGCUAUUCCUAUGAGAAACAGAUGGGGCAAUUUAGUGAUGAUGCCCGUGUUGUUCCUGACAAAUCUGAGGGCAGAGAGAUGGAGGUGAAGCAGGAAGCGGGUGGCGUGUUCCGCGAGGGCCCCCCCUAUCAGCGGCGUGGCUCACUGCAGCUCUGGCAGUUUCUAGUAGCCCUGCUAGAUGACCCGAGCAAUGCCCACUUCAUCGCCUGGACCGGUCGUGGCAUGGAGUUCAAACUCAUCGAGCCUGAGGAGGUGGCCAGGCUGUGGGGUAUGCAGAAGAACCGGCCUGCCAUGAACUAUGACAAGCUCAGUCGUUCACUGCGCUACUACUACGAGAAGGGCAUUAUGCAGAAGGUGGCUGGAGAACGCUACGUCUACAAGUUUGUCUGCGAACCGGAAGCCCUCAUUUCCCUGGCCUUCCCUGACAAUCAACGCCCCAACCUGAAGUCUGAGUUUGACCGGCACAUCAAUGAAGAGGACACUGUCCCCCUGUCCCACCUGGAUGAGAACGCAGCCUACAUCCCAGACCUGAACGCUCAGCACUACUCGAAAGGCUACAUGUACUAGCGUCUGCGCAGUCCAAACACAUACUACUCCUUGUAUAUAUGGCUAUGGUGGUUUUGUUUAAAUGAAUCCUUCUUAGGGACUUGAGGUUUUAAAGCUGCAGUAUCUUUGCCUCUGAGGUUUACGUCUAUCUGAACACAUUAAAGUGUGAACUGCUUGCAUAAUAAAAGCAAAUAUUACUACUAA